UACACAAUGUUGGCCAGCAUAUGGAUCCUACUUUUCAUGAGACUCGCGCCAAGUCUGAGCCUCAAAUCAAUCAGAGGAGUUCAUCAGUCGGAUACGGAAGUGAGCAAAAUAAUGAGGUCCCUAGAUGUGAUACCAGAUGUUAUACACAUCGGACCGCAGGAGUUUCUUAAUGUAACAUACCAUGGACGUGUAGCAGCACAUUGUGGAAAGCUUCUGGACCCCAUGCAAGUGCGCGAUGAGCCUUCCGUGAAAUGGCCCUCGGCACCGGAAAACUACUACGCCCUACUGAUGGUAGAUCCAGACGUACCCAACGUCAUAACACCCACGCACCGGGAGUUCCUGCACUGGAUGGUGCUAAACAUACCCGGCAAUCUAUUGGCCCUUGGCGAUGUGCGCGUGGGAUACAUGGGCGCCACCCCGCUGAAGGGGACCGGAACCCAUCGGCUCGUCUUCCUGCUCUACAAGCAGAGGGAUUACACCAAGUUUGACUUUCCGAAACUGCCGAAACACUCGGUUAGGGGACGCAGUGGAUUUGAGACUAAGCGGUUCGCAAAGAAAUAUAAAUUUGGGCAUCCGGUUGCUGGAAACUUCUUUACAUCCCAAUGGAGCCACGAUGUCCCAUCCCUUAUUAAAGUCAUAUCACACAAUGCUCGCCAAGCCGCACACUUUUGAAUUCAGAGGCUAGCUUCCAAUAAAAGUAAGGCCAAAUAUAACUCAGAAUA